ACUUCUGCUAAGGAAGGGAUAUUAGUCUGUGAAAUUUUUUUUAUUGAGUUGAGAAUGGUUACCUUGUGCAAACUGCAACCUUAUAGAAUUUUUUUAUUCAUUGAGAUGGGAAUUGGGAUUGGAGUAUAAUGUACAUGUAAAGGGGUAACUAGCCAUCAAAAAAGAAAUAAACUCAUUCUAAAGCAACUCUUGUUUGACAUGAAUAAUAAACAAAAGUGUAAAUGGCACAACAGUACCAACUCCUGAAGUUGCACAUUAUAUGCAAAAAAACAGCUUCAGCUUUGUUGGAAGAGUUGACCUCCAUUCAACCAAUCUCAGCUUCUCUAAUACAAUCAAGAGAUAAUCAAAUGUGGUUUUUUGGAAGAAGAAAAUCAUCUGGAAUUUCAAAUUUUUCAACAGCAGAAGAAGUUACCCACGAAAUUGAUGGUAGCAGCCUUACUGCCAUUGUCACAGGAGCGUCAAGUGGCUUGGGUGCUGAAACAACACGUGUUCUUGCUUUACGCGGUGUUCAUGUUUUCAUGGCAGUCAGGAAUAUGGCUGCUGGAAGAGAUAUCAGGGCAAAAAUACUCGAUGAAAAUCCAUCCGCGAAGGUUGAUAUUAUGGAGUUGGAUUUGAGCUCAAUGGCUUCUAUUAGAAAAUUUGCAUCAGACUACAAGUCAUUGAAUUAUCCCCUGAACCUUCUAAUAAACAAUGCAGGAGUGUUUGCCUGCCCUUUUACUCUCUCCCAAGACAACAUAGAACUGCAAUUUGCAACAAAUCACUUGGGUCAUUUUCUUCUGACACAUUUGCUGUUGGACAUCAUGAAAAACACAGCAGCAGAAAGUGGUAAAGAGGGAAGGAUUCUUAUUGUUUCAUCACAAGCUCAUCGACUUGCAACUUGUGGAGGAAUUCGUUUUGAUAGCCUUGGCACUUCCUCGGGGUACUCCAGUUUUUUCGCAUAUUGCCAAUCAAAACUCGCCAACAUUUUGCAUGCUAAUGAACUAGCAAGACUUUUGAAGGAUGACAGGGUUAAGUUAACUGCUAAUUCUAUUCAUCCUGGAGUCAUAUAUACAAAUAUUCACCGCUAUAACAGCUUUUUCAACGGAGUAUUUUAUAUGCUUAACAAAAUUUUCCUCAGAGAUGUUCCACAUGGAGCAGCAACAAUAUGUUAUGUGGCUUUGCAUCCAGAAGUGGAAGGCACAAGUGGUGGAUAUUUCAGUGACUGUAAGUUAGCCAAGCCUUCGAAGCAAGCUCAAGAUAUCACUUUAGCGUGGAAAUUGUGGGAUUUCAGUAUGGAUUUGAUUAAAUAGUUAUGUUUUACUCUUGACAUUAAAAUUGUAUGCUUAAUCUUAUGCGAAACGACAUAAUCAGAAUAUAACAUCAGUUCUGUUUUUGGUAUGAAAUGUAAGUUCACUGUUGUUGGCUGGAAUCA